GUGUUGUUUGUGUUUGUUAUAAAAUAAAUAUUUUAAAUUUGUACCAAUAUACUUGCAUAAUAUAUGCUCGAUUAGUUGAUAUACGUGCAUUGAUUGAGUUUUACUUGUGUUUCGUGUUCUAAAUUAUUUCAACGAUACCUAUAGGUUAUGUAAACAAUCUAGGAUUAAACUAAUUAGAUAGAAUAAGUGUAAAUAAGUGUAAUGUUUAAUUUUUUAAUGUGGAAGAUAAUACCAAUUAUCUAUAUGGGAAAAAUGUGAUAUAAUCUGAUAAAGAUAAAACAAUAACACGUAUUUUGCAAAGUUGUUAUUAAUUUAUAAUUAUAAAAUGGAAGAGCAAGAUAUUGAUGAUUUAGGCGAUGUUUAUGGAAAAACACCACCAAGAACGAAAAUUUUACGAAAAAAUCGAGAAAAAAAACAAAAAGAAAAAGGUUACAUAGCAUCACCGAAAAUUAAAUCUCCAAUAAGUCGAAGAAAUACUGCGAGUAAUAUAUAUGAUGAGCUAUUAGCCAAAGCAGAAAAUUCAGAUGGCGAAGAAGUAAAAAGGACAAAUAAAAGAAGCCUAAAGCUCCUACGAGGUUCAGAACGUGACCUAAAACUAGACAUCGUCAGUGCCCAAGCAUUAACCAGUAAAGUGAAAGGGCAUGAAGAGCCCACAACUCCAAUACCCAGCUAUCAAAUCGAGGGCUGCAACCGUUUUUUAAGUUUAUCAUGCCGCACCACCAAAUGCCAAAGGUCCCAGUCGGUUAAAAAACUUCCCUCAUCUCCCAGGGAAUCGCGAAUAGUGAUUGAUAGCGAUGAAGAAAACCAGAAACGUUUAGAGUUUUAUGCAGAUUUUAAAGCGUUGAUCAAAGUUGGUAUUGCAGAUAAAAUCGACAGGAAUUCUCGUAGAGGUUUUACCAGAGAGGAAACGCUGUGGCAAAAUGAAUUGAAGGAUUUAAUUUGGUUGGAGUUGCAAGCAUUUCAUGCUGAUAGAAGUCCCAUUGAUCAGGACACUUAUUUGUGCUGGGCCAGAGAAUCGGUAGCUUGUAUUUUAAGUGAUAUAAUAAACUAUAGGUUUGAACGUAAUUUUAGAAGAUUGUCCACAAAUACUAUAGACAGUGGUGUGGGGAAUGAAGAGUAUUGCAAUGGGUGCUUGUCAUAUUAUUGCUUGUGGUGCAUGGAGGCGCAAAACCAUGCGCUGAAACAAGUGGAAGCGUUAAUGAAACGCUUGGAGGAGGCUGAAUAUUUAUUUCCAUCAAAUAAGGCUUUUGCCGAGCUAUUUCCACUGUAUCAAAGUCCUGGGUUUGUGGGUAGGGUUAAAGCUAUAAGUCUUUGGUAUAACAUGACCAAACAUCAAAGAUUAAAGCUUGGGAUUUUGGGAAAAUUGCUUUCCUCGUUGGAAAAUAAACGUUCAAUUUGGCCUUUGUUUAAUGAGGAUUGUCUCAAUGAGAAUAGCAGUCCUUCAGAUAGUAAUAAUAGUUCUGCAUCGUCCGUAAAUGAUUAUUCUAAAGACAGUCCAAGAGAAAACUUUAGUGUUUCGCCUCUUACUGAGUUUGUUUCCAACAAAAGGAAUGACAGUGAUGUGGUGCAUACUCCUUAUAGAAGAUAUAUUGAAAAUGUACUCAAAACCAGAGCAUUGCACAAAAGUCUUAGUUUCCUUGAUAAGUUGCACAAACACGUUCUAAAUAAGGCCAAAAUGACUUUGCAGAAGCCUGCCAAGGGGUUAUUUGAAAGAGCAACAUUUAACGAUGAAGAGGAACUCCAAAGAUACGGUUGUUGGAGUCCAGAAGCUGAAGCCCUCAACUUGCCGUCAUACAGAGCAAGCUUCAUUUUUCUUUCCCAAAUCCCUUUGGAAGUAAUCCACGCAUAUCUGCAAAUAAGACUAGAACAAAAACCUGAAAACCCCUCUUUACUCAGCAUGCGCCAACUAAUGAGGGAACUGAAGGAAGGUCUGAAAAUUGCAAUUACCAACCGGUUCCAUAUCAUUGAUUAUGUGCAGUGUGCUGUGGCCGGCACCAACGAGGAACCUGAGACCUACUUGAAGAAAACCAAAGAAUUCGACAGUUGCACCCUGCAAGUGUUUUCUGAUUAUUUAAACUACCUUGAAAUGUACACUCUGUCUGCUCACGUGAUGUUUCAGAAGAAUUUUCUGGAAGGAGAGUAUGAAUUUGCUUGUGAAAUGAUUGGUUCGAUACCCGGUUCUACGGAAAUUGUGGCAAGAACUUUUUCCAAUAUACUCGCGUCGAUAUUGCAAAGCGUCCAAAAGAGGUUUAUUAAAGGAAUUGAUGAUUUGAUUGAGACGAUCCCUACGAAUAAUGCACAAAUCAAACAACAUCUGUUAUACAUUUGCCGGGAACUGCAACCACUCUUCAAUGAAGAAAGGGAAAAUUGUUUGAAAACCAUCGCGUUUUUCCGAAUGAUACUUAAGGGAGGCAUAUUUAACCACGAAUUAUUAAAACGUGUUACCGAACAAAUAAUCAACUUUAAAUGUGUAAUACCAAAAGCGAUUGGUAAAGUUCAAGUAAUAUUUGAACACAUUAGUUUGGCGUCUUUUGAUGAAACUGAUAAGUUAAACUUGAAUUCGAGAAUACGGGAGCUAUUAAUGCAAGGAUAUAGAUUUGGAUUCGAGUUUUAUAAUGAAAUGUCGGAAAACGCGGCGCCGAAGUACCGAGAAAGACUAAUGAAAAGCAUGGUGGACUUCGCCAUGUUGUGGAUGAAAUUCGUGACGGAGAGAUGCGAACGUGGUCGAGGGAUGCGCCCCAGAUGGGCCGGCCAGGGACUGGAAUUCCUCCUCAUGAUCUCCAAGCCGGAAUUCACGAAAUACCUGUCGGACCAAGAGUUUGAAGACUUGCAAAACAGCAUGCGCGGUUGCAUAUCGCACGUGAUCGGCACCAUUUCGCCGUCCACUGAAUCGAUCUACAUCGGGUCGCCCCGUCAAUCCCUCGAACACAUCAGAGUGGUCAGAUCGAGGGGUAAUUCCCCUAGUCCAAGACCCACCUAUAAGAGUCAGAGGUCGGCCAGCAGAAAAACCAGCAACGAACAGUUGUCGCCGGUCGUAGAUCAAACAGAUUGCUGUAUUAGAAGAGAAGACUCUUGCGGCUUCCCGUUGGUAAAAAUAAAACUCCCGCAAACGCACAUGGAGCGAUGCAGAGAUGCAAUAGAAAACCUGGAGACCGAAAUCGACAACAAAAUGCGCCAGCAAAAUCUUAUAGGCAAAGUGAUGAAUUGCAACGGCGAAACGAAAACGCACAUACGACGGCGAUACGUGAAUUUUUCGUGGCAGCGAGGCAUCAAAAUCGGCCAGGGCCGGUUCGGCAAAGUUUACACCGCGGUGAACAUCAACACUGGCGAGAUGAUGGCUGUGAAGGAGAUUCCGUUGCAACACAACGAUAAGGUUACCAUCAAAAGGGUCGCGGAGGAAAUGAAGAUACUUGAAGGCAUUCACCAGAGAAAUUUGGUUAGGUACUAUGGGGUGGAGGUGCACAAAGACGAAAUGCUUCUUUUUAUGGAAUUCUGCGCGGAAGGUACCCUAGAAACUCUGGUAGCAGCCACGGAAAAAGGCUUGCCCGAACUUUUGGUUCGCCAGUACACAUAUCAGCUGGUGUCGGGCGUAGCAAUCCUGCACGAUCACGGCAUCGUGCAUCGCGACAUCAAGACGGCCAACGUAUUUUUGACUGACGAGGGAAACUGCUUGAAAAUCGGCGAUUUCGGGUGCGCAGCUAAAAUUAAAUCGAACACCACGAUGCCGGGGGAACUAAAGGGUUUUGUUGGCACGCAAGCUUAUAUGGCUCCUGAAGUUUUUACCAAAAAUAUGACUGAAGGACAUGGAAGGGCAGCUGAUAUUUGGUCUGUUGGGUGUGUUGUUGUAGAAAUGGCUUCUGGCAAAAGACCCUGGGCCAAUUUCGAUUCUAACUACCAAAUUAUGUUUAAAGUGGGUACAGGUCAAAGCCCUGAGCCACCCAUGGACAUGAUAGACGAGGGUUUGGAUUUUUUAGAGUUGUGUUUUAAACAUGAUCCAAAGCAACGAGCUACAGCUCAAGAACUGUUGACACAAAACUUUUGCAAAAUUGGUGAUGACUUGUAAUUAUGCUGAUAUCAUGUACCUAUUUACUAAUUUUAAUCAGAAAAAGUGAUUUAAUUUUUUAUUGUUAUAUUGUCUAUUCCAAAUUGCAUGUUAUUCAAUUUUAUUGAAUUGAAUCUCAUAUUGUUUUAAAUGUGUGUUUUUUUAAUGGUGUAUACUAUGAUGUACUUUUUCGAAUUUUAAAUUGUAUUUGGUGAUCUACUUAAUUUUAUUGUGGGAA